GUGGUGAGUUCGUAGCCGACUCUGCACCUCCUUGGCGAAGCCCCCUCGAACGUCAUAUGACUGAUGUAAACAAAGCCUGAGAAGUCGCUGUUUGCACCCUUACGGUUCCUCUGCGGCUGCCUUUUUCGAUUAAAUGAAAAUGGCUGAGCCAAUUUACGAGGUUCCGGUCAUUCACCAAGAUCUCCGGCAAGAUGAAACAAUUGUCCAAAUUGCUGACAGCUUGGAGUACCUUCAAAAAUGUGCCAACCAGAUUUUUACUAAAAUUGAGUCAAAACUUGAGGAGAGUGCUCGGAAACUCAAUGCCAUCCAGCAGAGAACUGCAGUCUCCAAACAAAACAUUCAAAAACUCACUGGAAUAAAGAAGGCGACCAAAGUCAUUUCAAGUGCCAAAUAUCCAGCUAGUGACGAGUACCAUCCAUACAAAUCAAUUUUUCCCACAGACGCUAAACUAGUUUUUACAAGCAAUGAUAUUCCCAUCAAGUCUACUAUUCAAAUUGCAUCAGAUAAAAAUAUUCAGGAGAAAAUGCAGUUUUACCAUGUUAAAAAUACAACUAAAAUGCUAAGAAGAAAUUUUGAAAUCACAAUUGACGAGGGUUUAGGGAACCUGCCUCGAAAUAUCACAUCUGUAUCGUCUCUGCUUCUGUUCAACACCACUGAAAAUCCGUAUAAAACAAAUCUGGCUGACAGCUUCGGACUCCACUACAAAAUAAAGCAUGCAGUGGCCGAGCCGCAAGAGACGAAAACAAAACCGGUUGCAAAUGCAAUGAAAAGCAUCCCCAUCGAACCAGAAACCCAGCUCGGCUUUUACAGUCCGGGCGCCGCCGAAGUGCCCGAGCUGGACAUUCCGAUGGACCUGCCCAAUCUCCCAGGAAUUGCCGAUGAUCUAGAUUUCAGCUUUUCGGAGAGUCCGCCCGUCGCUGCACCUACACCCCCGAGCGAACCAAAGCCGAAAACCACCCCUGCCCCACCCCCAAUUAGGCAACCGGAAGCUACCAGUCCUGCUCCGCCUGCUGUGAUAGUGCCUGCGGCCCCCGCUCCUCCGGCGGCCGCUCCGCCUCCACCACCCCCACCACCACCUCCACCUGUCGGGCCGAUUUUUGUCGAGGCCACCUCCAAUGCACCAGUGGAGAAAAAAACUGCUCCCAAACCCGAGGUUGGCGACGAGCGGGCCAACUUAAUGGCAGCAAUUAGACAAGCUGGAGGCAAAAUGAAGCUCAGAUCUGUGUCCGAAAAGAAAAUGGAAAGCAAAAAGAAAAAACAGGAGGAAAAGGAAAAAGUGGUGAGUGGAGACCUGAUGGCCGAUUUGCACGCGAAACUGAUGCUCCGAAGAACGGGAAUUUCUGGCCGGAACCAAGCGUCUGGCGGAGGGGGACUGCUGGAGAAGGUGGCUGCCAUGAUUCCGCCGCCGCCGGGAAUUCCGCAGCCGCAGCAGUGUGAUAGCGAAGACAACUCGGACUGGGAACCAUGAUUGAUGUUUUUUAUGACGGAAAUCAAUCUAUUCUUGUUAUUAAAGCGACAUAAUCUGCGUCA